UUUAAAUUAAUUUUCUUUUAUAAUGGGACUUUUGAAAAUAAUAAAAAAAACAAAGGAGAGAGAGAAAGAGAUGAGAUUGUUGAUUUUAGGAUUAGAUAAUGCAGGAAAGACUACAAUCUUAAAAAAAUUUAAUGGGGAAGACAUUUCCCAGAUUUCUCCAACAUUAGGCUUCAAUAUCAAAACUCUUAGUUAUAAUGGAUAUAAACUAAAUUGUUGGGGUAACAAAAUGAAAAUAAUUUUAGAUGUUGGUGGUUAAUAGACAAUUAGAUCAUAUUGGAAGAAUUAUUUUGAAUAAACAGAUGGUUUAAUAUGGGUAGUGGACUCAACAGACAAAGCUCGUUUAGAUGAUUGCAAAAAGGAAUUAUAAAAUUUAUUAAAGUAAGAAAAAUUGAUAGGAGCAACUCUAUUGAUAUUUUGUAAUAAAUAAGAUGUUCCAAAAUCAUUAAGUCUAUAAUAGAUAAGAGAGUAUUUGGAAUUGGAUUUAAUUCAAACAAGACAUUGGGGAAUAAUAGCAUGUUCAGCAGUUACAGGAGAUGGAUUACUAGAAGGAAUCGAUUGGAUAGUAACAGAUAUUUCAAGCAGAAUUUUCAUGAUGAGUUGAU